AUGAAAAACACGGUGUUUUGGGUGAUUUUCGGCGUGUUUUCCGCGGGUUUCCGCGCGGAAGACGCGGAAGCGGAAGCGGAAGAUCCGCCGCUGAAAUGGCGUGACGCGGAUGGGCUCGAAAUUGAGAUCAUCAAAAAAAUUCCCGAGGAAAAUUGUGGGAUCAAAUCGCAGGGCGGCGAUUUGGUGGAUCAAUUUUAUAAAUUAUCCGAUGAGGAUGGCACGGAGGUUGGCAGCAAUUUCGGGAAGAAACCGUGAGUUUUUGGGGGUACUGUAGGGUUACUGUAGGAUUUUUGGCGCGAAAAUUUGGAGCAUUUUGAUACCCAAUAAGCCUAGGUUUCUGAAAAUUCCAAAAAUUGAUAUUUUUUUAAAUCCCCAGAUUACUGUAGGUUUCCUGGGGUACUGUAGAUCUCCAGGGUUACUGUAGAUCUCCUAGGGAGUACUGUAGAAUUUUUGGCGGGAAAAUUUGGAGCAUUUUGAUAUCUCAUAAGCCUAGAUUUCUAGAAAAUUCGAGAAAUUGAUCUUUUUUGGUCCCUAGGGUACUGUAGGUUGUCAGGGUUACUGUAGAAAAAAAUUUUGAAAUUUUCGGACUCUAAAAAGGACUUGGAUUACUGUAGAGGAGUACUGUAGAUUUUCGUUCCACGUGGCUUUUUUUUUUGGAAUUUUUUGAAACAUUCUGAAAAUUUGGAUUUCAAGAGCUACCGUACUCCAGAACAACAGUAACCCUGAGGUAAAAUUUCAGCGCGCAAAAACCUACAGUACUUUAUUUUAAGGUACAGUAAUCCAAGAAUCCUGUAGAUCAAAAAGUAUCAAAAUUUUAGCUACAGUACCCCAAAUCUAGGCUUAUUAGGGCUCAAAAUGCUUCAAAUUUUUCAAUCUACAGUACCCCUGGAGAGCUACAGUACCCCUGAAGAGCUACAGUACCCCUGAAGAGCUACAGUACCCUGGGGACCAAAAAAAGUUCCAAAAAAAUGGGAAUUUUCAAAACCCAGUCAUAUUCGGUCUCAAAAUGCUCCAAAUUUUCUGGCGGUUAAUUUUACAGUACCCCUGGAGAGCUACAGUACCCCCACAGUCUACAGUACUCUUUCCAGCUACACCUUCACAUUGGGUCGAAACCAAGUGAUAGCGGGAAUGGAUCGAGCGAUGCGUGGAAUGUGUGUCGGCGAGAUGCGACGCGUCGUAAUCCCGCCAAAACUCGGGUUUUCCGCGUCCGCGUCCGCGUCCGCUUCCGCGCAGCAGAAAAAAUCUCUAUUACACCGUGCAGCUGGUCGGCUUGUUCCGCGCAAACCCUGGCGAUUUUUGGACCACCGAACACGGCAUACAAAUCGAGCAGACCCACAAAAUCGCGGCUGACAUGCCGUGCAGAAAAGCGGAACGCGGUGACAAAAUUUGGCAACAAUAUGUGUUGCGACUUGAGGAUAACACAUUGGUGGAUUCGAGCUAUUCGCGAAAUGCUCCGUUCGUUUUUCGGCUCUAUAAUCGGGUGAGUACUGUAGUUGGGGUACUGUAGAAUUUUUUGCGCAAAAUUUGGAGCAUUUUGAUAUCCAAUAAGCCUGGGGUUACUGUUGAUUCGAAAAAUUCCAAAAUUUUGAUCUACAAGAUUUUUGAGCCAGAAUAGGACUUUUUUGGUCCUCAGGGAUACUGUAGGUUUUCAGGAGUACUGUACUUUCUCCAGGAGUACUGUAGGUUAAAUUUGAAACAAAAUGAGCUAUAGAUUGUUGGUUUUGGAGUACUGUAACUAAAGUUCCAAAAAUUUUUUUGAUCUACCGGGAUUUUUUGGGUUACUGUAGCCUCUCCAGAGGUACUGUAGGUGCAUUUUUACCUCUAGAAAAUUCUAGAAUUCAUUUUUUUUUCGAGAAAACCUGAAAUUAAAUUUUUGCGCACGCGCCUACACUAAUUAUAGGGGUUCUAAGAAUCAAAAAAGUAGAAAACAUGUUUUUUUUUCGAAAAAAAAAAGUGUAGUUUGGGCUGAAAAUCUGGAAUUUUUAGCUGAAAAUCGAAUUUUAGACCUAUAAAACGCUGAAAAUCCACCUAAACUAUGUCAAGGCGCGGCUCCUUGACACCUCUAAAGCAUCUCAAGGCGCCACCCCUAUACAUAACUAUAUCACCUCAAGGCGCGGCUGCUUGACUGUCAUAAUGUGUGUCUAGGAGCGGCUGCUUGACACCUCUCUAAUGCAUCUCAAGGCGCCACCCCUAGACAUCGCUAUAUCUCCUCAAGGCGCCGCUGCUUGACAGCAUAAGCUUACCUCUAGGCUCCAUUGCUUGCCAACCCAAACACCCCUCAAGGCGCCACCCCUAGACAUCACUAUAUCACCUCAAGGCGCGGCUGCUUGACAACUCAAAAAUGUGUCUAGGAGCGGCUGCUUGUCAUUUUCUAGGCUAAAAAACGCUGAAAAUCCCGAAUUUCCCAUCAAAAACCCGAUUUUCAGGAAGUGAUAGACGGUAUGGAUAUUGCAAUGGAUGGAAUGUGUGAAGGAGAACGGCGUCGAGUUGUCAUCCCCUCAGAAUACGGUUACGGUGCUCAAGGAUCGCCGCCGGAAAUUCCAGGAGGCGCGCGACUUUUUUUCGAAAUUGUUCUCGAAAAAUUGGUGAAACGCGAUGAAUUAUAG